UGUAAUCUCAAAUGAAUGCUGUACAGCAAUUUAGUUAGUAUAAUACAACCCCUGAUCCUCAAUGGUAAAAACGCCUAUCUUCCAAACCUAAACACCUUGUUGAGGUAAGACUUCACGGCCUCUAUAUAUAACAAUUGAGCCUAUGUUUUCCUUUUGCACUUACCAUAGGGAUAUUCAUUCACGUGUCUUUGUUGCUUCCACCUUGUUCUCUUUCAAAGUAUUCUUGCUUGCAUUUGCAUAGUCUUGGCACUUCUGAAAAUGAGAUAUAGAAAAACUUUAAGGGACGAUGAACAAAGAUUUUAACAGGGUCACUAUUCUAUAGCAUCUGCAGUUCUGCUCUUAAAGUUGUCACUACCUCAAAUCUCCUUCAAACCAGAAACCUUUGAUUAUGAUGAACAACCUCAAGUUAGGGAUAGAUGUGGUUAGUGCCCACAAUCUACUCUCUAAAGAUGGAGAAGGUUCAUCCAGUGCCUAUGUGGAACUAUGUUUUGAUGGCCAGAAAUUCCGUACAACCAUCAAAGAGAAAGAUCUGAAUCCUGUUUGGAAUGAGAGCUUCUACUUCAACAUAUCCGAACCUUCCAUUCUUCACCACCUGACCCUUGAUGCCUAUGUCUACAACCAAGUCAGAGCCACAAACUCCACUUCAUUUCUUGGCAAGGUUAGCCUCACUGGCACUUCUUUUGUCCCUUACUCCGAUGCUGUUGUACUGCACUAUCCACUGGAAAAGCGCGGCAUUUUUUCUCGUGUUAGAGGAGAACUUGGCCUCAAAGUCUACAUCACCAACGAUCAAGCCAUAAAAUCCUCAAUUCCAGUUGCUGCUCCGGCUGAGUCUGUAACAACAAAUAAUCAUGCAGCACAAGUUCAUGGACAUGCAGAUUCUGUGGUGAUGAACAAUGUAUCAUCUAGAGAAAAGGUGCACACAUUUCAUCAUCUACCUAAUCCAAACCAUAACCAACACCAACAUCAGCACCAAAACGAACAUCAACAUCAUUCCUCUGCCUAUGCAGAUAAACAUUAUGUACCAAAGCAUGAAGCUGAUGCAAUAAAAUCUGAAGCACAACCACCAAAACUAGUCCUAAUGCGCGCUUCGUCGGUUCAACCAGUUGAUUACGCCCUCAAAGAAACAAGUCCAUAUCUUGGUGGGGGAAGAGUUGUUGGAGGCCGUGUUAUUCACAAGGACAAGACAUCAAGCACUUAUGAUCUUGUGGAAAGGAUGUAUUUUCUCUAUGUAAGGGUAGUCAAGGCCCGCGAGCUUCCUUCCAUGGAUGUCACUGGUAGCCUUGAUCCAUUUGUUGAGGUCAGAAUUGGAAACUACAGAGGAAUUACAAAACACUAUGACAAGAGUCAGAAUCCAGAAUGGAAUCAGGUAUUUGCAUUCUCAAAGGAGAGGAUGCAGGCAUCUGUAAUGGAAGUUGUGAUCAAAGACAAGAAUCUUGUGAUGAAAGAUGACUUUGUAGGGAUUUUGAGGUUUGAUAUCAAUGAAGUUCCAUUGAGAGUUCCACCGGAUAGUCCUCUGGCGCCGCAAUGGUACAGAUUAGAGGACAAGAAAGGGGAUAAGGUGAAAGGGGAGUUGAUGCUUGCUGUGUGGAUUGGAACACAAGCAGAUGAGGCUUUCUGUGAUGCAUGGCAUUCAGAUGCAGCUGCUAGCUCUGUUGACACCACACCUUCUUCGACCGCAGUGCUGCGGUCAAAGGUUUACCAUGCGCCAAGGCUAUGGUACGUGCGCGUCAACAUUGUUGAGGCGCAAGAUCUAGUUCCUACGGAGAAAAACAGAUUCCCUGACGUGUGCGUCAAGGCACAAAUAGGACACCAAGUAUUGAAAACAAAGAGAGUUCCAGCGAGGACUCUGAGUUCACUCUGGAAUGAGGAUCUUGUGUUUGUUGCGGCCGAGCCUUUCGAUGAUCAUCUAGUCCUCACGGUGGAAGAUCGAAUGGAGCCAGGAAAAGAUGAGAUCAUUGGCAGGGUGAUCAUUCCACUGAACUCUAUAGAGAGGCGUGCAGAUGACAGAAUCAUUCAUUCAAGAUGGUUCAACUUGGAAAAACCAAUUGCUGUUGACAUUGAUCAGAUAAAGAAAGAGAAAUUCUCUAGCAGGAUUCACCUCCGUGUGUGCCUCGAUGGAGGCUACCAUGUUCUUGAUGAAUCAACACAUUACAGCAGCGAUCUCCGUCCAACUGCAAAGCAAUUAUGGCGGCCACCGAUCGGUGUUCUUGAACUUGGAGUGUUGAAUGCUGUUGGACUCCACCCUAUGAAAACAAGAGAUGGAAGAGGCACUUCUGACACUUACUGCGUUGCAAAGUAUGGACACAAAUGGGUCAGAACAAGAACAAUUGUUGAUAAUUUGUGCCCUAAAUACAACGAGCAAUACACAUGGGAGGUUUUCGAUCCGGCAACAGUUCUAACUGUAGGUGUAUUUGACAAUAGCCAAAUUGGGGAAAAAGGUUCUUCAAAAGACUUGAAAAUUGGAAAAGUCAGAAUCCGAAUUUCGACUUUAGAAACAGGUAGAAUCUACACACAUUCAUAUCCGCUUCUAGUUCUUCACCCUACAGGGGUUAAGAAAAUGGGUGAAUUGCACUUGGCCAUAAGAUUCUCAUGCACCUCUUUCACGAACAUGAUGUAUCUAUACUCCAAACCUCUCCUCCCAAAAAUGCACUACGUUAGACCCUUCUCCCUCAUGCAGCUCGACAUGCUCCGACACCAAGCCGUAACCAUAGUCGCGGCUCGGCUGGGUCGAGCAGAGCCACCGCUCCGGAAGGAGGUGGUUGAGUAUAUGUCUGACGUGGACUCUCACCUAUGGAGCAUGAGGAGAAGCAAGGCGAAUUUCUUCAGGCUCAUGACGGUAUUCUCAGGUUUAUUCGCCGUUGGAAAAUGGUUCUCUGAUAUCUGCAUGUGGAAGAACGUUAUAACCACUGUGUUAGUUCAUGUCCUCUUCUUGAUGCUGGUGUGCUUCCCGGAACUGAUUUUACCAACGGUUUUUCUGUAUAUGUUCUUGAUCGGUGUGUGGAACUAUAGGUAUAGGCCAAGGUACCCGCCACACAUGAACACGAUCAUUUCGCAGGCGCACACGGUGCAACCGGAUGAGUUGGAUGAAGAGUUCGAUACGUUUCCUACGAGCCGGAACCCUGAUCUUGUGAGAAUGAGGUAUGAUAGGUUGAGGAGUGUGGGUGGGAGGAUUCAGACGGUUGUUGGUGAUUUGGCCAGCCAGGGUGAGAGGAUUCAGGCGCUGUUGAAUUGGAGGGACCCACGUGCGACGGUUAUAUUCGUUGUGUUUUGUUUUCUUGCUGCGGUGGUUUUGUAUGUUACUCCGUUUCAGGUGGUGGCUGCUUUGGCUGGCUUCUAUGUUAUGAGGCAUCCCAGGUUCCGGCAUAGGCUUCCGUCGGCGCCUAUCAACUUCUUCCGACGGUUGCCCGCAAGAACAGAUAGUAUGUUGUAAAGAAUAAUGCAUGUUCUAAGUUGUAACUUAUUUCUUUUCUUUUGGUCCUGUUUUCUUCAUUCAAGUUUGUCUAGACAUGUUUUUAUCUUCAA